AGCAUUUUUUUGGUUCAAGCCUAUCGGAAACCAGCCACGUGAACAGACCACGACCUUUAGCCUCUGUGGAUACACAGUCAUUAAGAGGCUGCCACUGUGCAACAACCACCAUGGAUCAGCAGAAUCCGAACUUCGUGCCGCAGACAAUGGAUGGGGAUGGUAAGACGGUCGGUGCGCGGGUGCCCCCAUCGUUCUGCGCAAAGUGUUGGAUGCCGCCGUGCGCUAUCUCGGGGUACGAGACCGGUGAUCCCACCGCGGGCAUGUGUUCAGGCAUGGCCUUGUGGGCUUUCAUCCUCGAGAUUCUCUGCUGCAUGGGUUGCGUCGUGUCCCUGUGCUGCUGGUCGCCGGAUCCACAGAACAUCACAGGGGACGGCUCGCAGCGCACCGUGGAGGACAAGUGCAUGGCUGGAUGCUGCGUCGGCUUCCUGGCCAUCGCCUUCUGGGAGAACGGCGACUUCUGCUGCGGGCCCGACGGGUCGUGCACCUGGUGCACCGAGGAGGCGAUGAAGGGCUGCCUGGCGCACUGGAUCCCUGGGCUCGUCGGCCUCCCGCCCCUGGACUGCUGCUACGUCAUGUGCAUGUGGAGUCCCGAGCAGUCGCGCAGGUUCUUCCGCCGCGACCUGAGCAACCACGGGGGCGGGCAGCCUGCCCCAGUGGGCGCCCCCGUGCAGACCGCUGCAGGGAACCUCCCGUACUUCCAGGUGGCCCCUCCGCCCCAGGCCCCGCAGGUCGUGGGCCAGGUCCGUAGACGCGCUAACGGUGUGUUAGCUAACGGCGAAGUAGGACAUCCAACUGUAGGAAAGCGCGGUUCGUGGCCAGACCAUUUUGCAGGGACGCGCGGUUCGUGUUUUCCUACAGCCCGCUGCGUUGCUUUCGUUCGGUACAUCCUCACAUUUACUGUCGGAAGCGGCCCUUUCGUGAGGCGGCUCGGUGUCACAAAAACCAGAUUCCCAACAGCACCGUUAACCAACAUCGCCGUUAGCGCGGCCUUGGCAGGUGCAGCAGCCGGUGGUGUCCGGCGCGAUCGUCGCUCAGCCAGCAGGGUACGGCGGCCAGGAGUACGGCUCGAACAAGGAGGCGGACGGCACGGCCUGACCUCCGGGCCGCGGGGCGGGGCUCACGCUGCAGCCGGUCGGGAGGCGGGGCAGUUGAGCAGCAGCGGUGGGGGAAGCAUUGUGCACUUCCCUUCAAGCAGUGGCGAAGCGUCCCAGCUCGCUUUUAGGCCUACCGAAGAAUUUUCCUAACAACCUGUUAACAUUUCUGGGUUCUAAAAACAUGCGGACGUGGGCUUAUAGGAAUGCGGGGACGGUCGGUCCCUGCUCAAUCCCGGCCAUAGCGCCAUCGCCAUAGUCUAAUAUUCUGGCCCGUCGUCGCCUCCUGCCAGCUCCUGCGGCACUGGGGGGUGCGCCUGGCAAGCUGGGCCAAAGCCGCACGAGGAUGGGUCCUCUCUCCCAUUCGCGCGGGCACCCCUCGCCGCUCACGGCAAAUUCAGGAGGAGGAGGAGGAG